AUGUUCUCCACAAAGAAUAAGAUCCCCCAAGGUCCAAAUGGUCUUCAACCAUCUUCAACAGGUCUUCCAACUUCCCUUCCAUCAUCUUCAGGUAACAACAACACAAUGACCAAACCACCUGCUUUACCACUCGAUCAGCUCAACUUACCUAUGCCGGAUUAUCUGGCCAGCACCAAAACCCAAGGUCAAGCUAAGAAUGUCAAUUGGAGUGACGGUACCAAGAACGGUCCUGGUAUGAGUUCUCAUUCACAAGCUCAAGGUCUGUCAGGUCAUUCACAAGCGCAGGGAUUGGGGGGGUGGUGGUGGUGGUGGUGGUGUAGGUUGUUUGGAAGGAAGAUUGAAUGGGAUGAGAGCGUGUACGGGUAUACUGAUAAAGGCAUGAAGAAGAAGAAGGGUUAUAAGGUUUCGAGACCACUUCCAACCAUAUCUGAUCCCCCUACCGAAGAAAUGGCUCUACCAACGACGAUGCCAAACCCGUAUAAGAUGCCAAGAUUCGUACCCAACUAUCCAGAGAAUUUCGAUUACUUACCUCGUUCAUACCAAAAAAUGAUAUUCAAGGAGAAUCAGGAUAGAGAGAGAGAAUGGAAUAGGAAAUCAAAGGAGCAAGAGAAGUUGUAUAAAAUCAGUAUGAAAGCUUGGGAGAAAGGUGAGAAGCAAAGGAUGAAAUAUGAAAAGAAAUUGAUGAAGGAACAAGAGAAAGAAGCUUUAUGGCAAUUCCGACAUCCCACUCAACCCGAUCCAAACAAAAUGAAAUAUAUCAAACCCACUUAUCCCGUCCGUAAACCUCCCACAGCAAUUGGUUCUACGCCUGGACAGUAUAAUGCUCCGGAGCUGGAUCGAAAUAAUCCAUAUAACUUCAUGCUCCUCCCCGCAACUGAGUUUGGAGUUAGGAGACCUUUUAAUCCUAUGAUUGGAGGAGAGGAGAAAUGGCCUAUUAUGAGUAGGACGAUGACUCAUGCGAUCCUCGAUAUGAAUAGGGAAGAACAGCUUCAUGCCUAUCACGCUUCGCUACUUCAUAGUCCAAAUUGGUGA